GUAUAAGUUUACAAUAAACUUUAACUAAGAUUUAAAUUAUUUUUCUUAUAAUUUUUAACUAUGGAAAUUACCAUAUACUUAUUGUUUUAUAUUAAUUUUUUAUCAUUAAACUAUAUGUCAUAAUUGUGUUAAGGCAUGUUAUAAUUAAAAAAAGUAGAUAUGACCAAUAUCAUCAUUUUUAAUUGACCAUCUCACUAUUUUUCCUUAAAUAAUUGUUGCGAAGACACUUAAUCAAUCACUUAUCAGAUAAUAUAACGUCUAGGGAUAUCAAAGUCACAUUGUUGAAAUCAUAUUUAUAUCGCAAGGUGUUCAUAUUAAAUUAAUGACCGUGGCAAGCAAGUUGAUGAGAACCCAAGUUGCUGGAUUUAUUGAUGUGUGGUAUAGAUUUGUUGACUAGACUCUUUUUGUUCAACCCGAACGGUAUGCGUUGCGUCCGGCGGUCGAAGGGUGAAAUUGAAAAUGUCAAUUGGUCCCAAGUCAAACAAGCAAUGCUGACUUGUUGUUAGAAUAUUAUUUUGGACGACUUAUUUUGUUGUUCAAACAACACGAAAGUCCAACUUUUAGUAUUGCUCCUAUAAAUAUACAUUCACACAUGUUCUCAACUUUCAUUCCAAACUCAAUUCACUUCUUUUUUCACUUUUCUUUCUGAUAUAUUUCUCAAGAUCUUGUCAAAAAGAUAGCAUGAAGAGAGAAAGAUCUGAGUACGAAGAAUCCAUCAAGAAUCUAGACAUCGUUAAAUGUUUAAUGAUAUUAUCACGAACCUCCAUUGCUAAACAGAUUGGUGUGAUUCACAAUCAGUUUACCGAGAGAAAUACAAGCAAUCGGUUCGAAUGCAAAACAUGUAACCGGAGAUUUUCUUCGUUUCAAGCCCUUGGUGGCCACCGGGCAAGCCACAAGAAACCAAAGCUAGCCGUUGACGAGAAAGAUGUGAAACAUCUUACAAAAAAUUAUAAAGGAACACAUAUGCACAAAUGUUCGAGAUGCGAUCAGAGUUUUGGGACCGGGCAGGCUUUAGGUGGUCAUAUGAGACGGCAUAGGUCAAGCAUGACGUUGGAGCCAUCGCAGCGCAUCUCUCCCCGGAUUCCUACCAUGCCGGUCAUGAAACGUUGCAGUAGUAGCAAGAGGGUUUUGUCUUUGGAUCUGAAUCUAACUCCCUUAGAAAAUGAUCUAGAAAUUAUUUUUGGGAAGAAGUUUUUCCCCAACAUAGAUAUGAAGUUCGUUGUUUAGGUUAGGUUAUUUCUUUUUCUCAAUCAUUUAGGUUAUUGAAAAAAAAAUUUGUAUUAUAAUUCUCCCAUUCUUUUAAUAAUUCUUUCAAACUUUAAGUU